UUUGGUUGUGCUCAAGUAUGCGUUUAAACUUGUAUGUAAUUGAACAAGUAGACACAUGAAUAUUAUACGUAGAACAUCAGGUAGGAUGCAAAUUGUCACAUAAGGUGUAGCGUAGGAAAUGUGUGUACUCUUCCUGUUUUACUUUACACAAAUUUAAGUGUCUGCUAAUACACAUAUAAAAAUCAAAGAAUAAUUAAAUAACGUAUUUACCUUAGCACGCUCUUAAUUACCAACCUAAAUGGCUGGCUAAUAUAAUAACAACGGAGCAAGUAUUUUUUUCUUUUGGCUUUUAAUUUGUACACACACAUGUUUUCUUAGGGCUGGCUUGACUUUGACUAAAAGGGGAAAUAAAUUCAACAUAUGAACAAGAAAAUAAAUUAGUACUAAGAUAUUUCUUGAUGAAGUUUACAUUCAUCAACUAUAAAUUUUAAUAAAUAUAAGCUGUGAUCCUCCAUCUCAGCCUCUUAAAUUUGCAUUCUAAGUACUAUAAUUAUUCCAUUCUCUUCAUUUAUUCAAAUUUAAUUAAAUUUUUGCUUCUUCUUUUUCCAAUUAAUUAGUUUACUUUACUUUACUUAAUUGAUACAUUUGAUUUGAAGAAACAAUUAAGGCUAUAUAUAUGGAAUUCACUUUGCUUGAUACUUGCUUGGAUUUAAGUUUGAAUUCUACAACAUCUCUUGAUGAACUACCAAUUAAACAUCAAGAAGUGAUUGGAUUGGGAGGAGACAUGCCAUCAAAUGAUGAGGCUGCAAGUGAUCAUUUUGCAAAGGAAGUAAAGAGAUUGAGUGGUGAAAACAAGAAGCUACGAGAAAUGCUGAGUGUAAUGUAUGACAACUAUAAUACUUUGAGAAAACAAUACAUGAACAAUUGUAGUACUAGUGGAACUUCAAGAAAACGAAAAGCUGAAAAAAUCACCUCUAGAGUAAAUUCGGAGCUAAGUGAUGAAGACUCUUCGUGCAACAAAUCAAGAGUACUAGUACAGCAUCACCGCAUUCAAAGAUCUGACCAUACAACUCUCCUAGUGAAGGAUGGAUAUGAGUGGCGUAAAUACGGUCAAAAAGUAACAAGAAACAACCCGUAUCCUAGAGCGUACUUCAAGUGUUCAUUUGCUCCUACUUGCCCCGUUAAGAAAAAGGUGCAAAGAAGCAUUGAUGAUAUGUCUAUUAUAAUAGCAACAUAUGAAGGAGAACAUAACCAUUCAAAAGUAGUACUAGAGGCUGGUGAGGGCUCUAGUGCUACUACAAUUGGGCAUAGUCACAAGCAGCCAGAGUUUAACAAGUUGUUGAUAGACCAAAUGGCGUCAUCCUUAACCAGAGACCCCAAAUUUAAAGCUGCCCUUGCUGCUGCCCUUCACGAAAAAAACUACCCUUACACAUAAAUAGAGGGUUGUUAUACAUUGGCUACACGCAAUUAUUCAAUAUUAAGAAGGGCUCACUCGAGAGAAGACAAUGUAACCAACUAUUCAUACAAUAUUACAGUGGACUUAAAGUCUCACAUUGCUUGAGGAAUGAACUAAUGGUCUACUUAUAUGAACUUGAAUAACUUUCCUUCAUGAGCUAGCUUUUGGGUGAAGUUAGACCCACGUGUCAUAUCCAAUAAAAACAGGGAGUAUGUGUGGACUAGGAGGCUCAAGUGUGAAUGGGAAUUAUUAGAAUUGACUUAUUUUCAAAGUGCAGCCAAAUUUUGAAUUCCCUUUUUCUAUGCUAUGAAAUGCAAGUUCAUGAUGUGACAACAUUUCUUAAUAUACAUAGCCUUCAUUUCUGCUUUCUUUGAAGUAUUAGAAUCCUUUCUUUUUAGUAUUAGAAUCAUUAAGUGUCAAUGGUAUCCUUCUAUUAUUACAACUUAAUUUGUAUGUGAGUGCCUUUGAAGUUUUAAUUCUUGUCCCAAAUUGAUGUUCCUUCAUACUAUUUUCAAGUAAAGAUGUAAAUAUACACAUGUUCUAUAUUGAUUUUUAUUAUUAUUAGGCUUAAGUCAUGUGUGGCCCCUUAAAGUUGUUCGUAUAAUUCAUUUAGACAUUUUAACAAACAUUGUUUUCUAUUAGACACUCUAACCUUAACAAAUACAUACCUAUUGAACAUUUUUCUGACACUCAAUCAAAAGAGAAAGUGCGUGUAAUACACAUGCACAUGAUGUGACAAAAUAGCAAAUCAAAUAAAAACACGUGGCAUUUUAAUUUAAAAUAAUUAUCAAAAUAAAUUUUAAAUAUUAAUAAGUCAAAAUCUUUAAGAAAAGACUUUAAAUUUUUCUUUAAAAAAAAUAUAAAAAAAGAAAGAAAUUAUACAACCCCCCUUCACCCACCCCGCAGUCCACCCCAUACAAAUCUUUCCCUUUCUUUUCUUUCUAUAACAGCUCCACCUUCCACCUUCCACCAUUGUUAAUUCUCCAUUUAGAACAAAUAGAUAUUUAACAUAUAUUAGGUAUAAACUUAUCAUUUUAAUAUCUUUUAUGUCUUCUUGCUCAUUUUCAUUUGAAUUGAUGGUGUUUUAUUAAAAGAUUCUCAUUCUUCCUUUGUUUAUUUUGAUAUUUUCAAAUUUGUAUUUUUUUUUGUUUUUAUGUUUCUACUUAGAUUUGGGAGGAAGAAGGGGCGUAGAUCAAGGUGGUUUGUGGCGGGAGAGGUGAAGAGGGAGAGAGAAGAUAUUUUAUUAAUGAUCUUCAUUUUUUCCGGCAAAGAAGUUGUAGAUGAUUUCCAUUUUUUUUUAUAAAUAAGGCAUCUUCAUUUUUUUGAUAAAAGAUUGUGAAUGGCAAUCUCCAUUCGGAAGUUGACAAUUAUUAGAAUAUUAAAAAAAGAAAAAGAAAACAUGAAAUUUGUAAAA